GGGCCAUGACAGGAUUAUCUGCCUUUGCAAAGUAAACAACUCCAGACGGUUGCCACACCUUGUGCAUCUGGCUUUACGUGGAUACUGGGGAAUUGAACCCGUGUCCUUUGGCUUUGCAGGGCCUCAGCUCCAUCUCCAGCCAUGUGGACUGCUGAUGAGAUUGCUCAGCUGUGCUAUGAGCACUAUAGCAUCAAGCUACCCAAGCGGGGCAAGCCUGAGCGGAACCGUGAGUGGACGUUGUUGGCAGCUGUGGUGAAGAUUCAGUCUCCAGCCGACCAGGCUUGUGACACCCUUGAUAAGCCAGUGCGAGUGACAAAGGAAGUUGUCUCAAUGGGAACAGGAACGAAAUGCAUAGGCCAGUCCAAAAUGAGGAAGAGCGGAGAUGUCCUCAAUGACAGCCACGCUGAGACCAUCGCCAGAAGGAGCUUCCAAAGGUGGAGCCACUUCAGAGUACUCAGCAGGUACCUUCUCUCUCAGCUCCAUGCGGCAGUCUCCCUGAAAGAUGACAGCAUCUUUGUCCCAGGAAUUCAGAGCGGACUAUGGAGACUCAGACCAGACCUCUCUUUUGUGUUUUUCUCUAGCCAUACCCCCUGUGGUGAUGCCUCCAUCAUUCCAAUGCUUGAGUUGGAAGAACAGCCUUGCUGUCCUGUCAGCAGACACUGGGUCAACAGCUCAUCUGCGGAAGGGAGUGCUAACCUAGAGGCUCCUGAAAAUAGAAGGAACUGUGGUGAGCCUGACAGUCCUGUAGCCAAAAAGAUGAGGCUUGGAACUCCUGCCAGCUUGGUCCCCAGUACUGCCGCUCACCACGGCAAGCAGGAAGGUGGCCUGGCCACACCAGAUGCCAGCAGCUCUAAUCUCACUGUAGACGGACUGGACGCUCUCACUGCAGCAGCCCCCUGUGGUGUCAGAGUGGUGGAUGUUUAUAGAACUGGUGCCAAGUGUGUUCCUGGGGAAACGGAAGACUUGAAGAAGCCAGGUGCUGCCUAUCACCAGCUGGGGCUGCUUCGAGUAAAGCCAGGCCGGGGAGACAGGACUUGUUCCAUGUCCUGUAGUGACAAGAUAGCCAGAUGGAAUGUCCUUGGAUGCCAAGGUGCACUGUUAAUGCACUUCCUGGAAGAGCCCAUCUACCUGUCAGCUGUGAUCAUUGGGAAGUGCCCAUACAGCCAGGAAGCCAUGCAGAGAGCCCUGAUUGACAGGUGUCAGAAUGUCUCGGCUUUACCCAGAGGCUUUGCAGUUCAAAAACUGAAAAUACAGCAGUCAAACUUGGUGUUUGAACAAAGCCGCUGUGCAGUGCAAGCAAAAAGGGCUGACUAUUCAGGGCGACUCGUGCCUUGUGGGGCAGCUAUCAGCUGGAGUGCAGUUCCUGAGCAGCCAUUGGAUGUUACUGCCAAUGGGUUUCCACAGGGAACCACAAAGAAAGGAAUCGGAAGCUUUCAGGCCAGGUCUCGAAUCAGCAAAGUGGAACUCUUCAGAUCAUUCCAGAAGCUGCUAAGCAGCAUUGCAGAAGACAAGUGGCCAGAUUCCCUCAGGGUACGCAAGCUGGUCACCUAUCAGGAGUACAAGGAGGCUGCGUCGGCCUACCAGGAAGCCUGGAGUGCACUCCGGAAGCAACCGUUUGCAUGCUGGAUCAGAAACUCACCAGACUACCAACAGUUUAGUUGACGAGAAAGUCUUCAGAACACUGACAUAUAGCAGGACCUUCACAGUGAACUGCUUCCUUCAUGAGCAAGCCUGAGCUUUUCUGGUGGCUAAAUUGAGGAAAAGGAAAGCGAAAAGCCUUGCCCCACACAACUGUAUCUGUUCUAUGUAUUAUAGAUGGAAUCCGGAACCCAGAGCAAUCAAUACUCUGCUGAAAUGGCAUCUCACUAAUGACUAUGGUAUCUGCCUUCUGUGUUUUAUUGGUUGUGUGAAACACAAAAUUAGUUUGGGACACGAUGCUUUUAAAGUAAUCUGCAGAGGCACUGAUUUAUGUGUUCUUACAUUGGAACAACAAAUGUUUAAUGGGCUGAAAAGAUUUCGGAAUGUCUGCAAAUUUUACAAUUUCACCUGGCAUUGUGAAAAUAUAUUUUAUAUUCCCAGCCUUUCUUUCUUUGGGGAACUAUCCACUUCCCAGUAUUUAGCAAUCAGACUUGGUUGAAGUUAACUUUAUUCCCCAACUCAAGAAUGAGCCUGUCAGCCAGCCUUGGACUGCUCUGUUUUUUGUCAAGAAAGUGUUGUUAGCCGGGCAUGGUGGUGCACGCCUUUAAUCCCAGCACUUGGGAGACAGAAAAAGGAGGAUUGCCGUGAGUUCGGGGCACCCUGAUACUACACAGUGAAUUCCAGGUCAGCCUGGACCAG